CGCGUGUCGGACUUAUCCCUUAAAAAAUACCAACACUUGCUCAACACCAGCCACCCCCACCCUCCAACCAUCGAAGAAAUCGAAACUUCAAAAAAAAAAAUUUCAAAAAUCCCAUUGACUCGUUAGGAAAAAAUUUCUUUUCACAUUUCCAAAAUAUUUUCUCUCUCAUGCACUCCCUCCUCCGUUCCCUCCCGGCAAUUGUAACCCCACUACGGUAAUUCUCCGCCCCCACCAGAGCAAAAAAACGCCCGUUUAAACUCACUCAUUUCCCCCCCUUCCCCUUUUUUGAAAUUUAGUGGGGAGGCGCGCGCUGGCACUUGGCGCUGGUUAACUCGCACAGUGGUGGCCCCACGGUGGUAUCGUGCACCCCCGAUACACGCGAGGUUUAUUCGUUAAGGGACAGUAUCGCCGCGUGCCUGAUAAAAUAAUUAUUCGAUAAUUAUUGACAAUAAAUUGUCCGUAAAACAGUGCUCUGUUUAUUGAAAUACUAGAAACAGUGGAUUUUCUGGGUGAAUGGGUGAAUAAAUAAUCGAAAGGAUUUUGUGGAUUCAGGAUUAUUAUUGUGAGUCCAUGAGAAGAAUUGUGGAGUCUUCAGAGUUGAUGAUGAUGACCAUAAUGAGUGACCGAUGAGGGAUUUUUUCAUUACUUUAACGAUUGGAAAUAUUGUGCUUCUGUGAUUCGAGUGAAAUACGAUUUUUUUUAGUGAAUUUUUCUGAGGAUUUUUUUGGUUUUUUUGGGGGGUGGAGGGACUGAUGACUGUUGGUUGACGGUCAUGUGCGCGAGUGCAUGAUGACGGGCUGAUUUGGAGAUUGCGGGAAUUGUGAGUUUGUGGGGGUUUUUUGUGGAGACCCGAGGAUUUGCGAGUUCUGGGGGAUAUGAGGGAUUUGGAGGCUGGUUUUGGUGGUGGUGAUAUGCAGGGAUGGUGACAGCCUUGAACACGAGACAACGGGGAAAUUUCUCGUUGACGGAUACAAGGAUGCGUUGAAGCACCCGAGAUCCUCCCGCACCCCCGAGAUGUCAGCUGUAACGAGUCCGUAUGGCCCCACGGAUAUGCUAUCCGACUCGGUCUACAACUACGCCACCUCCCGACGGAGCACAACAGGGGAUCAAGACAGCAGCGACUCCCAAUUUGAGCCACCAAGCCAUCAAUUACAUGAUCAAUUGUCAAGUAUGCAGAAACCCCGCAACAAACGUAAAAAUUUCAAGCCAAUUAGCAGUAGAAUGGCUGAAGUAUCGGACGAUGAGUCUGAUAGAGACGAGCAGGAGGAGGAUUCUGAGACAAUUGAUGAGACUAAUUCAAAUGACAUUGUUGAGUAUGAACGUAAAACUCUGUUGGCUACCAACGACGAUAGACCAAAACAGAGACUUAAUAAUAAUGAGGCUAGUCCGAUGGAUCUGUCUGUUGCCACUAGGCCACCUUCCUCAGAUGGUGAUGAGGACAGUGGUGAUUCGUUGAGACAUAAGUUCAUUAUUGAACAGCUCAGGUCGCAGAAGCCUUAUUCACCUGAUGUUGUUGAGGCGAGAAGUCCAGCAUCCGAGUCAUCCGACAAAAGUGACUUGGAUCAAGAGCCAAGUAGACUAGACGAUCACGAUCCUCAAUUUGAUGACGAUCGUAUACAAGAGACUGAGCCUGAAACAGACAUUGAAGAGCGCAAACCCAUGGAAGAUAUGCGCGAAUACGUUGAAUCAACAAUGCAGGAGCUUGCUGCUAUUUUUGGUCUUGCUGGUGGUGAAUUGGCCAAGUCAGUCAGUAGACAAUUGCCAUCAACAUUUCUCAAUCCCCAUACCGGCCAAAUUCUGUUCAAUCCAAAUCCCAAUCAAUCGGGACAGUGUCAGCAGGAUGAGCAGCAGGCGCAUCAAGGAAAAGUCAAGGUGAAAGAGGAAAAGGACGGAUCAUCAAUGGCACCAGGUAGUCCUCCUACGCCACCCCACACCCCCCAAAGUCCGUCGCGUCAACCCAAUCCCCCGGGUAAUUUAUCCCAGUCAAGUCAAACCCAGAGCACAUCCCCAAAUAUUCCAAAUCCCCUGCAAACACUCGCUAAUUCACCCCUAAGUCAGAUACUCAUACAGAAUCCCGCAUUAGCACAAUUGUUACAACAAAAUCCAGCUAUACUAUCCCAAAAUCCACAAUUGGCCCAGUUACUGCAACAAAAUCUUCAGGCACACAUGGGAAAUGUACUGUUUCCCACAAAUUCAAGGAGAGAUGAGUCUGAAGAAUCACGGGUUCCGCCAACGAUAGCAAGCUUGGCAGCUAUGAAGGUGAACGCAGGUGAUCCAAAAGUUUCCGUACUGCUGAGACAAACAAUGUCCCCAUCGGCGGAGAAUCUGAUAAGUUCAAAAUCUCCAGCGGUACCUCAGCCCACAAUCGAUUACUCUCGAUACGUCCGGCGCUUUGGUUCAGGCCAAGAGUGCGGUAGCUCUUACUGCAAGGAGUUGGGCUGUCGCGAGCACUUUCACUGUCUAGACUGCAGUGGCCGAGUGUUCGUGAAGAAGGAGGAGAUGAUCAGGCACUUUAAAUGGCACAAGAAGAGAGAUGAAUCUCUGCAACAUGGCUUUAUGAGGUACUCACCAACUGACGACUGUAUGGAGAGACAUCCAAUGCGUCAAUGCCCCCACAAUCGUAAACAGACGCAUUAUCACUGUAUUCAUGAUAAUUGCGAUAAAGUGUACAUAUCAACAUCAGAUGUGCAGAUGCACGCUAAUUUUCAUAGAAAAGAUUCCGCUAUAAUUCAGGAGGGGUUCCAAAGGUACAGAGCUACCGAAAACUGCUCGACCGAUUAUUGUCCAUUUGCUGGACAACGAACCACCCAUUUUCAUUGCAGAAGACCCGGAUGUACAUUUACAUUCAAGAAUAAAGCGGACAUGGAUAAACACAAAUCGUACCACAUAAAGGACGAGCAGUUGUCGCGCGAUGGAUUCAAAAAAUUCAUGAAGAACGAGGCGUGCCCCUUCGAGCAAUGCCGUUUCUCCAGAGUAUGCAAUCACAUUCACUGCAUCCGUCCGCACUGCAACUACGUCCUCCACUCAUCCGGUCAGCUAUUCUCUCACAAACGAAAGCACGAGCGUCACGAAUCGGAAUUAGCCUACCGAAGGUACAAGCAAGUUGGAGGAGCGGGUAACAGGCCACCAGUGUGGAUACCCGUGGAUAACAGUGUUGACAUGGGUCCACAGAGCCUCUCCUUGAGUAUGAACGGUGAAAGUUCAAACGAGGGCCGAGGCUCGCCGUCCUUCUACUCCCUGGAGGACUCCUUCCAAUCGGCAAGCGAUCUCGCAAUGGAUUUAACCGCCUCAACUACAACCACAAAUCCCAGCUCCUCCAUACAAAUUGAUCCAAGUCCCAAUGCCCCUCAGUCUCCCCAACAGCUGACACCCGCUGAGCUAGCCUACCUAGCUCCAGCAUCAUCAGACUGUCUCUGUCAAAAUGGUCGUGAUCACUACCACUGUGCUCUUGACCGUUGCGGAGCGACUCUGAGAAAUGCAACUGAGGUCCGUGAACAUCUUCGAGAGCACGAGACACAAGAGCGAAUAACCGAUGCCUUCUUCGAGGAAGGCAACUGCGACGAGUCGUGUCCCUACGCUGACAAAGAGAAACAUUAUCACUGCACGUGGGAGAACUGCAAGGAGGUCAUUCUGGCAACGGACAAGCCCUUCAGAAGACUUCAACACUACAAAAUUCACGAAUACAGCAGACAAUUGAAUCUUAGUUCAUCAACCCAAGUUCUAUCGUCAGACGUCACUCUGACUCACCUGACCAACAUUGACGCCAUGUUCAGGCGAAAACGUGGCCGACCACCAAAGAAUCGUGUUAUCGAAAUAUGGUCAGGUGGUGAUCCAUCACACACACAAGACACACCACAAGCUAUAUUCACCAGUUUUAAACUGCCAAAACCCAAUCCCACAAAUCCUAAUCCACAAAUUGACGAACCGGAAGAGAGUUUAUCACCAGUCCCUGACGAUACCGAUGGCUUUUCAACCUAUAAUCCUGACACCUGUCCCGACCCAGUCUGCGUUAUUAGAAUGACAAAACAUCAUCAUUGUUCCCAACCAAGAUGUCACUUCUCCACAGAUAGGCCAGAUCAACUCCUCAUGCACAGCAAGGAUUUUCAUGAUAACAUUGACAUACCAUCGGGCUUUGCAUUCUACGACAAAAUGGUGGAUUGCAGGCUGGCGGGAUGUCACAGUAAUCGCGUCCACCGGCAUUAUCACUGUACGAGGCCAAACUGUGGUUACUCAUUUGUGAGAUAUUCGACAAUUGCACAGCAUGAGAAACAACACAUGGGGAUGAGUGAUGCUACUGAGGUCAGUACUGAUGGUGUCAGUCAAGGAGGUAUGGAAGUUAAGCCCAGAAUUCAGGUGAAGAAUACAGCGGAGCUCAUCGAAAAGGUCGACGAGGACGAGAGUAGAUUGAUCAUCGAAGUGAAGGAGGAAUUACCUAGUCCCGAUGGAAAUAAAACAACUGUGGUGAGGGCGGCAGGCACCUAUUAUCCGGUCAGCGGACCGACGAGCGAACCCGCACUACCGGGCGCCAUGUUAUCCAUCCGGGCUUCCGUGCACCAAGAGACACCAGUGCUUCCAUCAACGAGCUCAUCCUCCUCCCACACUCUCUAUGGUCCUGAGCAAAGUUGCAGCCGUCCAUUUUGCAAAUUAAAACGAAAGAAUCAUUAUCACUGCAACGCCUGUAAUCAAGCAUUCUCCGAGCUAGAUCGUCUGGUCGCUCACAUCGCGAAACACUCGACUGGUGCUAUUCUGUCCCAACAACAGCACGAAUUACCCCAGCAACCGCAAAAUCCCCUUCCCCAUGAUUAUCUAGCUCAACUAUCGGCUCAAAAGCACGAUUUCAUGUCUCAAAACGUGCAGAUGGCACAGAACAUUCAAAAUUUUCAAAAUAUGCACCGCCAAAUGCAGCAGAGUCUCUCCCAAAUGACACAACAGCCACCGAUGAAGGACAUAAAAAUUGAGUCUCCAAUAAAGGACAUAAAAAGAGAGCCGGACAUUCUCCGCGAGGAUAACCACCACCACAUGGAUAACAAUGAAAAUGGCCAGCUCCCAGUGCCCCCUCCUCCCACCUCAGUCCCUGGUCCAGUUCCAAGUGGCUUUGAACUUGAUCUGAGCCACGGCUUUCAUUUCCCUAGUCCCGCAGUAAUGGCCGCCAUGAAUCAGCAAAUAGCGUUGAUGAAUCAGGCACUUCCGCCAUUUCUGCAACACGGUGGUAUGUACGCAGGGGCACCAGGAUUGAUGUUUGCCCCUGGAAUACCCCCGGGAAAUUUCCUACCACCUGGAAGGGAUGAAAACCCUCUAGCCUCCCUCGCUGCCAACCUGAACCUCAACAAGAGAUCACUCUCUCCCCCCGAUGUCAAUUCCGCUGAAGCCAAGAAACAGAGGCUUCAUCACUCCAUGAGGAUGCUCAAGGAUGAGCCUGUGCCUGAGGGUUACGUCAGGUUCAGGUUCAAUGAGGACUGUAGGUACCAGCACUGUGGCUACAGAGAACAUCAGACGCAUUUUCACUGUAUGCGACAGGACUGCGGCUACUCGUUCUGCGAUAAAACAAGAUUUGUUCAGCACACCGCGAGACAUGAGAGAUUGGAUACCCUCAUGGGUGGGGAUUUUCAGCAGUACAGGGCGAAUGUACCCUGUGGCAGGGCCCAGUGUGCCUACACAUCGUCCCUGGGAUCAAUGCAGAAUAAAGCGUCUCACUUUCACUGUCUCAAAUGUGACUUUGUUUGUACAGACACCAAUAAAGUUGUUGCACACAGACGACAGCACGCCAAAUUGGAUAAUAUUGCAGCAGCUGGCUUUCAAAAAUUCACACCGAGUCAACCCUGUGGUGCUGGACAGUGCCAGCACUCCAGAAAACAGACGCAUUAUCACUGCCUUCAGUGUCAGUAUGCUGUACUAGGUCUUGCGCAAAUGUCGGCGCACAAGUAUCGGCAUAUGGAUGCGUAAGGUAGUGAGAUUAGUCAUUUUAAAUUAGGGAAAACCGCGAAGUGGGAAUGAUUGGUGGAUUUGCAGAGUUUUCCGAAUUCUGUUCAUUCCCAUUGCAAUCAGCGGGGCUAAUCAGGCGAGUUUUAACCGGGAAAAUUAGAGGGGAAAAAAUUAUGACGAAUCUGAAUCGUACUAAAGUGUUUCUAGGGAUGUUCUAAAAAAAUAGAUAAAUACAAAGAGAUGUGUAUAAUUAAUCGUAUUUACAAGCAGUAUUUAGAAACACGAAAUGAUAAAAGACUGUGGCUGACGGUUGAACGUUUAAAAUUAGAAGAAUUCAGCCAUUUUUUCUUUUUCACAAAGAAAAACAGGAAUUGAUGAAAAAAAAUUGUGAAGCUGUUUCUUGUUCUGUACAACGAGAGAGAUGUAUAUGAAGAAUAGUAUAUUGGAAAAAAGAUAUACUCUAAAGUGUUAAUUCAUUAAAUAUAGGGGGGAUUUUUAGUGGAAGUGUGAAUAUAGUAACUGCUAAAGUAUAAUUUUAAUUAUUGAAAGAUAAACGAGGGAGGGUGCGUUUUACGAUUAAUCGAUGCUCAACCCAAGAGAUAUAAGUCCUCUGAUCUGACUCGAAACGACUAAGAACCUGAUAAUGAAACUAUUGAGAUAUUAAAAUGAAAAAGACAAAAUAUUUUUUGAAUACUAGACUUUUCAGAGUGAUAGGGUGCCUUUAGAGUUGCAUCAUUCUCAUUCUUUCUCCUGAAUUCCUAGAAAAAAAUGAACAUAAUGCGUGCCUUAUCAGCAACGCAGAAACAAUAAUUAAUUUAAGACUCGAUUUCUGAAUAAAUCCGUAACUUACGUCAAUAAUGAGCUAAAUUAUUGUGGACUUAAUGUGCUAGUGCCUUAAAACAAGACAUUGUAGGUAUUCUCAAGCCUCAAUAUAACCAGAUAAAUUAUUUCUCGUACGAGAAAUUCAUCCCUGAAUUUUCCUGAAAACAAGCAGACUAGCAGCCGAACCAACAUUAAUCAGCUAGUGUAGAGGAACGAUUUUUACGUUAAAUAGUAGCCAUUCCAUAGGAAGUACACACUGAUAGUCAUCCCUCCAACCAGUCAGGUUUUACGAUUGAGCAAAAUGAAAGGAAAAAAAAACUGAUAGCUCGGUGGGUAAUGCAAGGAGAAGGCAGCACAAACGAGUGAAUUUCAACGCAAAAACAUGAAUGACCAUGAUACGUUGUGGUAUUCCGGGUAAUUCAAGAAUACCACAUUUUGUUUUAUCAGUUCUGCUUCGGGUUAAAACAAGUGUGCGUUUAAAAAAUUGGUAUUCCUGGUUUGGUUGGGUCAUAGGAAGCCAUAUGAGUGCCAUACCACGAGUAAACACGAUUUAAAAUAAUUAUUCUUAGAAGAAUGAGGGGCUGAUCGUGGGGCGUAAGGUGCGGGAAUUCAUGAUCAAUGACCAUUUUGGGUGAUACGACAAAGUGGCAGAUGUUUUUUAGUGAUUGUAACAUAUUUAUUUAGAAGUUAGAAUGGGUUUUCUUUUGUUUUUUUUUUCUACAACGAGUCUUGGACUGGUUUUCAACUUUUUCCCCCUGAAUGAAUAUCAUGUAUCGCCCGUUUCGAGACCGAUGAGGUGAAGUAAAUGAUUAAUGUGGUAGAUGUAUCCUAGAUUUAAAUGAGAAAGAAACACUAUGAGAGAAAAAAAAUGUAUGGGUAUAAGUAUUAUUACAUAAAAUCAUUUUAAUGUGAAUGACGAUUGAGAAACAAUUGCGUCAUGCGUAUUGUAGUGACAGAAAGAUACGAGAAAAAGCUAUUAUUGUAAUUGAUAAUUUUAUCUAUUGUAUCAUUAUUGAUUAAUACCAUCUAUUAUAUUAUACAUAAUUAAUUAUUAUUGAUAAAUGACACACGAACACAAACACCUUUUAUGUAGCUGUGAUUUUGCUUUGAAAAAGUGAAAAUUAAACAAAAAUAUGAUAUUUAUAGCAACAACUGA